GCGAUGGUGUGGAUUCAGCUUCUGCUCUUCUCUCAUCUUCUUUCCUUCACUCCUCUCACUACACUGUCUCGCAGCGAACUUGAAGAUCAGCUGAAGAAGAAGAAGAAGAAUAUUUCAGACCUGGAGAAGGAUAACAAAGAGAUAGAAGAUCAGCUGAAGCAAAAGGAGAAGGAACUUUCAGACCUGAGGGAGAAGAAUGCUGACGUGAUGAGUGAGAACGAGCGUCUACGUGGAGAUGUGAAGAAACUGAACAACCGAGUAAAAGCCCUGGAGAAAAGUGAAGAUCAGCUGAGGCAAACGGAGAAGGAGAUCUCAGAGCUGAAGAGAAAAAACAACAAGCUACUUGAUGAGAAGGAGAAUCUGCAAGAUGUGACCAAACUAAAAAAACAGUUAAAGGAUCUGGAGAAAGCAGUCACAACCUCAUUCCCAGUCACCAUCAAUUCUCUGCGGUUUGACCCCAACACAGCUCACAGUAGACUCCAGAUCUCUGAUGACUGGCAGUCAGCGUCAGUGUUCGGUACUCUAUCGAGCGACCCGACAACCCAAGAUGCUACGACAUCAUGAUCGCUGCCCUCACAGAAACGGGCUUCACCAGCGGCAGGCCGUACUGGGAGGUAUCUGCACCCAGGAAAGGAGAGAUCGACUUCAGGCCCAGUAACAGAUACUGGGUCAUCCAGAAGAGGAACAGGCAGCUCUACAUGCUAACGGAACAAGAUUUCCUGCGUCAGCUCCCCAACCAACUCAACAUCAUCGGGGUCCUGAUCGACUUCUCCCUAGGAGAGGUGACCUUUUACAACUCUGAAACUAGAACAUUCCUCUGCGUCUUCAGAGGGAACCGCUUCACAGAGAAGCUCUACCGCUUUGUGGCUACAUGCGGUCAAGAGGGUCCAGAGGACUGGCCCAUAGAGCUGCUGGAUACUGGCAUCCCAAAGUGCGCACACACAAUAUAUAUAUGCAGCUUUUAAAAAGAUUA